CCCGCAGUGCAGCUCCACGGACCCUCGCCCGCCGCCAAAAUGUCUGCAGGUGCGCCUGCAGGUUCCAGUGCUGCCACUGGCAGUAAUCGGAGAAUUCAGCAGACACAAAAUCAAGUAGAUGAGGUUGUGGACAUAAUGAGAGUCAACGUGGACAAGGUGCUAGAAAGAUACCAGAAGCUCUCUGAGCUGGACGACCGUGCAGAUGCGUUGCAGGCAGGAGCUUCUCAAUUUGAGACAAGUGCUGCCAAGUUGAAGAGAAAAUAUUGGUGGAAGAAUUGCAAGAUGUGGGCAAUAGGGAUCAGCGUUCUGGUCAUUAUCGUCAUCAUCAUCAUUGUAUGGAGCGUCUCUUAAUGAAGAACAGGUGGAACUCAACCCUGCUGUCCAGGAAACCUCUUCAAGACUUUCGACUUAGAACCUGCUACAUUAUCCAGCUUACCUACUGUUAUUUCCAAAAUGAUUAUUUUUGUUAGUUCAUGUAAAGUUUGGUUUCUAGGCUAUGUGCCUUGUUUUUUAAUAUGCACUCCAAACUAGAGGGCCAGCUUGCCCCCGUUUUGCACAGUGCCUUUACAGAUUUACCUAUGAGCAACAGAGGACAUCUGGACUCCAGAGUACUGUAUCUAGACUUAACGUUGUCACUAAUUCAUUGCCAUUGAUUCCAGUUAAGGGAAUCCAUUCCAAGUUCUUUCUCCUGUCAUUUGACAUUAUCUUCAGAGCCACAUUUUAAACCUUUGGGUAAUCAGAUUUCCAACUUGUGCCUUCCAGGAAAAACACUACUGCCUAAUACUGAUCUGUGACAAUAACAGGCUGUGCCUUAUUUUGAUCCUUUUCUGGUUCCUUGUAAGCCGUCUUCUUUUUGUAAGCAGUACUGACUCUUGCUGUAUUUAAAAUAAGAUGCUGGUAAAGAAUUUUUGCUCUUUCAUUAGA